UGGAUGGGCCCCAGAGAGGCAGGGACAGGGACAGGACGUGGGGCUGUAUCUGACAGGAACCUGAGGGGCUGGCCCGGGAGGGGAUUGGGGCCUGGCUUCCUGAAGGGAGGAUGGGCUGAGGCAGGCACAUAGUGCCGGAGAAGAUGCCCUCCUGGGCCCUCUUCAUGGUCACCUCCUGCCUCCUCCUGGCCCCCCAAAACCUGGCACAAGUCACCAGCCAAGAUGCCUCCUUACUGGCCUUGGACUCAGAGCCCCUGAACUGUUUCUCCCGAACAUUUGAAGACCUCACUUGCUUCUGGGAUGAGGAAGAGUCAGCACCCAGUGGGACAUACCAGCUGCUGUAUGCCUACCCAGGGGAGACGCCUCGUGCCUGCCCCCUGAGUUCCCAGAGUGUGCCCUUUGGAACCCGAUAUGUGUGCCAGUUUCCCACCCAGGAUGAAGUACGCCUCUUCUUUCCGCUGUACCUCUGGGUGAAGAAUGUGUUCCUGAACCAGACUACGACCAAGCGUGUGCUCUUUGUGGACAGCGUGGGCCUGCCAGCUCCCCCCAGCAUCAUCGAGGCCAAGGGUGGGAGCCAGCCAGGAGAACUUCAGGUCAGCUGGGAGUCCUCAGCUCCUGAAAUCAGUGAUUUCCUGAGGCAUGAACUCCGCUAUGGCCCCAAGGACUCCGAGAACUCCACUGGUCCCACAGUCAUGCAGCUGAUCACCACAGAAACCUGCUGCCCCACUGUGUGGGGGCCAAACUCAGCCCCUGCUCUGGACCAGCCUUCAUGUGCUCAGCCCACGAUACCCCGACAGGAUGGACCCAAGCAGACCUCCCCAACUAGAGAAGCUCCAUCUCUGACAGUGAUGCGGGGAAGCUGCCUCAUCUCAGGGCUCCAGCCUGGCCGCUCCUACUGGCUCCAGCUGCGCAGCCAACCUGACGGGGUCUCCCUCAGUGGCUCCUGGGGGUCCUGGUCCUUCCCUGUGACCGUGGACCUUCCUGCAGAUGCAGAGGCAAUUGGACUGCAAUGCUUUACCUUGGACCUAAAGAAUGUCACCUGUCAGUGGCAGCAACAGGAUAACGCUAGCUCCCAAGGCUUCUUCUACCACAGCAGGGUACGGUGCUGCCCCAGAGACAGGUACCCCAUCUGGGAGAAGUGUGAAGAGGAGAAAACAAAUCCAGGAUCACAGACCCCCCAGUUCUCGCAUUGCCACUUCCAGUCACGAAAUGACAGUGUUAUUCACAUUCUUGUGGAGAUGGCCACAGCCCAGGGUGCUGUUCACAGCUACCUGGGCUCCCCUUUCUGGAUCCACCAGGCUGGUAAGGACUUUCUUCCCACACAGUUCCCACCCCCACCAAAUCUGACCCUCUGCCCAGGAUCCCCAACUCCGACACUUCUGACCUGUGGCCCUGGUGGCAUGAUGCCACCCACAAAAGGGCUUAAACCAGUCCCUGCUGACAUCCCUACAGUGCUCAUCCCUACCCCAAGCUUGCACUGGAGGGAGGUCUCCAGUGGGCAGCUGGAAUUGGAGUGGCAGCACCCAUCAUCCUGGCCAGCCCAAGAGAUCUGCUAUCAGCUCCGAUACAUGGGAGAAGGCCAUCAGGACUGGAAGGUGCUGGAGCCGCCUCUUGGGGCCCGCAGAGGGACCCUGGAGCUGCGCCCCCGAUCUCGCUACCGUUUACAGCUGCGCGCCAGGCUCAACGGCCCCACCUACCACGGCCCCUGGAGCGCCUGGUCCGACCCAGCGAAGGUGGAGACCGCCUCCGAGACUGCCUGGAUCUCCUUGGUGACUGCUCUGCUCCUCGUGCUGGGCCUCAGCGCCCUUCUGGGCCUGCUGCUGCUGAGGUGGCAGUUCCCUGCGCACUACAGGACACUGAGGCAUGCCCUGUGGCCCUCACUUCCAGACCUGCACCGGGUCCUAGGCCAGUACCUUAGGGAUACUGCAGCCCUGAGUCCGCCUAAGGCCACGGUCUCAGAUACCUAUGAAGAAGUGGAACCCAGCCUCCUUGAAAUCCUACCUAAGUCUUCAGAGAGGAGCCCCUUGCCCCUGUAUUCCUCCCAGGCCCAGAUGGACUACCGAGGAUUGCAGCCUUCAUGCCUGGGGACCAUGCCCCUCUCUGUGUGCCCACCAGUGGCUGAGUCAGGGUCCUGCUGUACCACCCACAUCGCCAACCAUUCCUACCUACCACUAAGUUGUUGGCAGCAGCCCUAAGCACAGGUUUCUCGCCCCAGUACCCUGGACAGAUCUUGCUGUGAACCUCUCUACCCUCCCUAUCCCCAACAUAAACACCUGAGACCUCACCUCCAUCCCCCUCUGCCUACCCUCACAGUUGGGCUUCGUAGCACUGAUCUUCCUAUACUGCUGCUGACAUAAACUCAAGAGUUUUCUGCAGAGGCAGGCUUAUUUGACUAAGCUGCUCUAACUUUUACCUCUUUCUCUCUCCUCUUUAAUGCCAAACUCCUUGCAAACAAGUCUUGCAAGGAGUCUUACUUCCCCACUUCCUAUUUACUCCUCAGACUGUUUCAAUUAAUCCCCCCACUACUACAUUGCUAUUGAAACCGCCUAGGCAAAGUUCACCUCAAAUAUUCUAAUUGCAAGAUCCAAUAGGAUCUUGUUAAUCAUCAAUUUAUUUGAUCUCUCCGUGGCAUUUAUCAUGGUUGACUACUCAUUUCUCUUUUAAAUUCUCUGCUAACUUGACUUCUAUAACAUUACUUUCUCUCCUGGCUCUGCUCCUGCCCCUCUGAGUACACAAGCAGUUAAGAGGCAAAACUGUGGAGUCAGAGCUAAGUUCACUUCCUGUCUUUCACACUUGUUAGCUGUGCAGCCUUGGCAAACAACUUAGUGUCUGAGCCUUAGUUUUCUCAACUGUAGAACAGAGAUAAUAACAGUACCCCAUAGGGUCAGCAAGAGGAUGAUUAAAUGAGAUAAUAUAAGUAAAUCACAGUGCCUAGGGCAUAGUAAAUGCUUAAUAUAUCUGAAACUCCUGUUGUAAUUAUUUCUUCUUUUUUUUUCUUUUUUUAAGUUAGGUUUCCACACAUAGCAUUGAUUUUCUUAAUCUCCUAGUCUGAUUUCUUCUGCCUUAAUUAUUGUAGACCCUCAAGAUUCCAUUCUUAACACAGUCUCUAAUCCCAUCUAUUCUGAGUGCCUUUACUAAAUGUUGACCAUUCCAAAAUUAUCUCCAGCCCAGACUUCUACUACAGCACCUAUGCUGCUUUAUGCAAGUAACUAUUUACAUGUCUGUCUCCUGCUACUAGAUUGUGAGCUCCUUAAGGGCAAGGGCCCUGAUUUAUUUGUCCUUUUCCCCCAGCACCUAGAAUAGUGCUUGAUGCAUGAUAGUAGGACUUCAAUAAACAUUUCCCAAAUGUA